AUGACACUUGAAACCUUGUACAGUUUGAUCGACAAGAAAAAGGAUGAAUUUAUUGCUCGUCUCGCGAAAGCAGUAGCUAUUCCUUCCGUAUCUGCAGACGUUAACCUUCGUCCUAAGGUUUAUGAGAUGGCCGACUUUGUCGUGGAUGAAUUCACCAAACUUGGAGCCAAAAUGGAAAAGCGCGACAUCGGUUCCCAUGAAAUGGAAGGUCAAGAAGUUCCUUUGCCUCCUAUAGUCCUUGGCCAAUAUGGAAGUGAUCCUUCUAAAAAGACUGUUUUGAUUUAUAAUCACUUUGAUGUUCAACCUGCUUCAGUUUCUGAUGGCUGGUCUACAGACCCUUUCAAACUUGAAGUGGAUAGUAAGGACCGUAUGAUUGCUCGUGGUGUUACUGAUGACAAGGGUCCUCUCAUUGGUUGGAUAUCUGCUGUCCAAGCAUACCAAGAAUGUGGUUUGGAUUUCCCCGUCAACUUGUUGAUGUGCUUUGAAGGUAUGGAAGAGUACGGUAGUGAAGGUCUUGAUGAUCUCAUUCGCGCUGAGGCUCAAAAGUACUUUGCCAAGGCAGAUUGUGUAUGUAUCAGCGAUACCUAUUGGUUGGGUACUAAAAAGCCCGUGUUGACUUACGGAUUACGUGGUGUAAGCUACUUUAGCAUGACAGUACAGGGUCCUGGUGCCGACUUACAUUCCGGUGUCUUUGGUGGUACUGUCCAUGAGCCUAUGACCGAUUUGAUUGCAGUUAUGAGCUCCUUGGUUAAGCCAAAUGGCGAGAUUUUGAUCCCUGGCAUUAUGGACCAAGUUGCCAAACUCACUUCUGAAGAAGAUAGUUUGUACGACACUAUCGACUAUGAAAUGAGUGAUUUGGAAAAUGCCGCCGGUGCGGACGUUUCGAUUUAUCCCGAUACCAAGCGCACCUUGCAACAUCGCUGGCGUUACCCUACAUUAUCUCUUCAUGGUAUCGAAGGCGCCUUCAGUGGUAGUGGUGCAAAGACAGUCAUUCCUGCUAAGGUAAACGGUAAAUUCUCAAUUCGUACUGUGCCUGACAUGGAGCCUGAAACUGUUCGCGAGCUUGUUCAAAAUCAUGUUGAAAAAGUCUUCAGCUCUUUGGGUAGCAAAAAUAAGCUUACCUUCCAUGCUCUUCAUGCUGGUGCCUGGUGGAGUUCUUCCCCCAAACACUGGCACUAUGAUGUUGGAAGCCGUGCUACCGAGCGUGUUUUCGGUGUCAAACCUGACUUUGUUCGUGAAGGUGGUUCCAUUCCUGUUACUGUUACGUUUGAGCAUGCGUUGAACAGGAAUGUUCUUUUGUUACCCAUGGGCCGUGGUGAUGAUGGUGCUCAUAGUAUCAACGAAAAAUUAGACUUGGACAACUUUAUGAAGGGUAUUAAACUUUUCUGUACUUAUGUUCAUGAAUUGUCUUUAGAAAAGCAAUAA